AGAUUAGCUUUCACCGAUUUCCAGCGGAUCCAGAAGUCCGAGCUCAGUGGCUAAUAAAGAUCCGCAGGGAAAACUUCAGUCCUGUUGCUUGUACUCGCGUUUGUAGCAGGCAUUUCCAAACGGGUGAUUUCGCUGUGACAGCGGGGGGAAAGAGAACGCUCAACAGAGGAGCGGUGCCUUGUCUUUUUGCCUGGAACAGUUUUAGUAUACCUGCGCCGAGGCUUAACGUGUGGAAACGCCGGCCGAGAUGCCCUUCCCCAGCCAUAGCAGCGCCUGACUCCGACUCGGAGAUGGACGUGCAGUUAGCGCAAGAUCAUGAUUACUGCGUUACUCCAACCACAUCAGCAGUGACAGAUGCUUUAUCAGACGAGAACGAGGCUCUAAGGAGAAGAGUACAAGAACUUGAACACCGUCUUGAAACCUUACAGCUGCAGAGCCGUUUUGGGCUUCAUCGUCUUGCAGGAUCAGACGAAGACAUUCGUUUUUACACAAGGUUGGUCCAUGUUUUUUUUAAAUAAAAUUUGUCAGUUCUAUUUAUAUAUGUAUCCAGCUUAAUAAGAACGUAUGUGUGGAUGUAUUGUCAUGUCUUGUUCAUUAUUCACAGUAAUGUACAGUACAGUUAACAGUGAUUUAUCAUUUUAUUUUUAGAUUUGCAUCAUACAAGCAUCUCCAGGCCUUUUGGCACCUGGUGGAGCCUGCAGUGAAAACCAGGAUGGUCCGGAUCACCAGUUCCUGUGCUGCCUCUGCCAAUGUCAGUGAGCCAACUCAACAAAGAUCAACAAAACUCGCACCAAUAGAUGAACUGCUGCUGUUUCUGAUGCACCUGUCUGUGGGCCUACCUCUCAGGGAUCUUGCCAACCGCUUUGGUAUUCACCGCACCACAGCCAGCAGAAUUAUUGCAACAUGGACACACUUUCUGUACCAUCUACUUGGAUCUGUUCGCUUGUGGAUUCCAAAAGAAGAAGUGAAGGCUCACUUGCCACCCGAAUUUUCAGCAUUUCCUGACACACAAGUAGUGCUUGACUGCACAGAAAUUUUUUGCCAAACUCCCUCCUCGCUUGUUUUGCAGAGUGAGGUAUUCUCAACAUACAAAUCCCACACCACAUUCAAGGCCAUGAUUGGCAUUGCACCCCACGGUCCCAUCACCUUUGUGUCUGCAUUGUAUGCAGGCUCUUUGAGCGACCGGGAAAUCUUUAAACUGUCUGGAAUCACCAAACUCCUCACUGCUGACACAGCUAUUAUGGUGGACAAGGGUUUUCUCGUUGACAACCUUGUUCCAUGCAAGGUCUACCGACCUGCCUUUCUUUCAAACAGGAGCCAAAUGUGUAGAGAGGAUGUACAGCAGACCCAGUCCAUUGCCCGCUUGCAUGUUCAUGUCGAGAGGUGUAUCCGAAGGGUUAAAGAAAACAAGCUCUUUGACAAAGUCAUACCAUUGUCAGUGUGUGGAAGCAUUGAUCAAUUGUUUAGUGUGGCAUGCUUCCUGGUAAACUACCAAAACGGGCCACUGGUGAAAGCGUGGGCAGGCAAAUGA